AUGGCAGAGAGGAUUCCCUGGUGGAAGGCCUUCACCGGCAGGGUGCUGAGCAGCAUCCUUACAGACGCUGCGGUUCAGCAUGAGCAAGGCUCGGACGGCAAAAACUCAGGCUUCCUGAGCGAUGGCUUUGAUGCCUCACAACUGGAGCCUGCCUUAAGCAAUGGCACGUUCAGACGCAACAUUUCCGUCUCGCGCUCCGGACGCUUCAAGGAAAAACGCAAUACUCGAGCUACUUUACCUGCCAACAAGAACUUUUACGACAGCAACACAGCCGUGGCCAAGUAG